AUGCUGGUGCCUGCCCUACAGCAGCAGCAAGCAUUCGGCACGUUUGUCACAGCCGUAGUGUUAUUCUCAGCCGCGAUUACACCCAGUGUCUCUGCUCGGCAAAUACCGCUUCUCCAUCAAGACAGCGUUGAGCAGAAAAGGAGCCUUGACAUUCCGGGUAUUGGGCUGGGGUUGUGGAAUUCCGAGGGUGAAAAUGCUACCAAGGCGGUGGGAUCUGCGUUUGACGCAGGCUAUGCGCAUCUAGACGGCGCUGCUGCUUACGAAAAGAACUCGACAUCCACUCACGCUCUGUGGAAACCAGGCAACGAGAAAUUCGUCGGCGCGGGGCUCGGCAGCAGCUCGACACCGGCACGGCACAAAUACUGGCUGACGUCAAAACUCUGGAAUGACGCACACCAGCCGAAACUGGUGCGCAAGGCGCUCGAGCAGACGCUGUCUGACCUGGGCACUCCAUACUUGGAUCUCUACCUCAUGCACUGGCCGGUGGCCUUUCUACCGGACCAAUCGCCAGGGCGGAAUGUUUUGGAUCAGGACACCAGUAUUCAGGACACGUGGCGAGCAAUGGAAGACCUGGUGCGCGCAAAUCUGACGCGGUACAUCGGCGUGUCGAACUUCAGUCCGCGACAGCUGGACGAGCUGUUGCAGGACGCGAAGAUCAAGCCGUAUGCGCACGAGUUUGAGACGCAUCCGUACUUGCAGCAACAAGAGUUCGUGCAGUGGCAUGUCGAGAACGAUAUCAGGGUUAUUGCGUACUCGCCGCUGGCGAAUUCGAAUCCGACUUACGAUAAGAAAUAUCCGAAGCUGGAUCCUAUUCUGGCGGACCGUUUCUGGACCGAAUUGGCCUUGAAGAAGGAUAUCACCGCAGCCCAGGCGGUUCUGGGCUGGGGGAUACAGAGAGGGACGAUCGUGAUCCCCAAAAGUGUCCACGAGCAGCGUAUUGUUGAGAAUCUUGGCGCGUUGAAUGUGACUUUUAGUGAAAAGGAGCUAGCUGAGAUCGCAACGCAGGAUAAGAAAGCGAGAUUCAAUAAUCCCAGCAAGAGCUGGGGUGUGGAAUUGUUUGAGGGAUUGGACGAUGGGUCCAACAGAUUUCUGGCGCAGGAUUUGUAG